CAACCAGGCAGUGUGCCCCACUGAUUUCACGGCACUUUUGCUUUCACAAGUGAGAGCCACUACUCGUGCAAAGGAAGCACUUUGCACUUCUGGGAGCAACUGCUAACAAACAGAAAUGCUAGUUUCUGGCACAGAGCAGGUGAGAGGAGCCUGCAUAAGGGACUUGUCUCUGUUGAAAGCAUUACUUUUCCAUAGUGCAGUAGAUCCUGCUUGAGGACUGAAAUCAGCAGAAAGGGCUGCUUGCACAGUGAAAUCAGCAGAAGGGACUACUGCACAAUGGGCUCUGUUGGAAAUUGCCAUAUUUGGUGGCUUUUUCUUUUCCUUGUAUUGUAUUUACCUCUACACACAACAGAGUUCAUUGGUAAGUAAAUAUAGGUAGCCUUGUCCAAGCUGGCUGGGGAAUGCUGUGAGUUGUAGGACUAUUUCUGUCUAAGCGUGCACAGAACUGCAUUCUAAGGUUUCAAAGAACAAUGGACUAUGAAAAGUGAGCUGGUUUGGGUUAGCAAGUAAAGAGGACACAAAGGCAAAAGGAAAUAGGAAAAAUGUAGAAAGUAGAACUGAGAAUCGAGAGACAAUGGGAAAAGUUUUAAAAAUACAAAAGACUUAUUGACAACAACAUUUCUUCUUUCUAAGGUCAUUACAAGCCUUGAAAUCAAAGACUAUACAUAAAAGGGGAUUAUUCUUAAGGGCCCAGUUUUCAUAGACAAUCAGACUGUGUUAUGCUGGACUUUGUGUAAAUACAAUAACAUUUAUUUGCAGGAAAAAAAACAUAACUUGGAUCAGUGGUGUUGCCUGCUUCCUCAACUGUUUUUUUAAAAAGAAAAAAUAUUUAUAAAGCAAUAGAUAUACAUCCAUUUUUUUCAACCGGACUUAGAAUGGACAAUAAUCCUGGAGUAUAUUUUUUGUUCAGGUUAAGAUAUGAAAAAUGCAAAGGUCAAGGCAUCACUGGUUGGUGAAUGAUAUUCAUGCUUUAUGAUGUCACUGCUGUCAUAGAAACCAUGUGUGCACACAAAUGAAUGCCACCAGCCAGUACAAGAGCAUGGAAAGCUGAGAGAGGAGGCAACAUCUUGAGUGGGGCAGGGUCAGCAAAAACAGAAAGAAGAACGCUCCUCGGCCCGGAGUACAAUUCUGCUUGCGGACACCUAGUAUGGCUCAGGAGAUUGACUGGCUACAGAGUCAGGCAGGCCUUUGCAAAGUAGACCUCUAUAGCCCCAACGGACAGAGCGAUCAAGAUCGUAAAGUGAUCUGUUUUGUUGAUGUCUCCAGCCUUAACAUAAAGGACAACGAGAAACACAGGAGAAACAAUAACUUACCUAGCCCUUCCCUUGACCUGCGCAAUCUUGAAGAAAAGGAAGUCAUUGUAAUAAAGGAUAACCAACGUGAUAAUAGUACUAAUACUGAGGGAGCAGUCUGCCUUUUCAAGCAAGGUUCCUCUGAAGAAGUCAACGUUGUGAGCUGGCUCAGCAACGACCUUCAGAAAUACGCAGUUGGAUUCCAGCAUGCACUAACCCCCUCAGGCCCUCGUAAACAAGCUUACGAAUUGCCUGCAUUUGACAGGAUGUCCCAAAGCAGUGACACAUCUUUCAGGGGCUCUGGUAGCCAGAGAGGAGAUGAUCUUUCUUAUUAUGUCAACAAACUGUGUUCGUUAGUGGUUCAAAUGGCACAUAAAGAAAUGAAGGAUAAAUUUGAAAGCAGUGGUAGGUGCAUUCGGCAGUCAAUUAAUCCCCGUGGAUCUAAUGGCAAGAUUGGUGAUGACUAUGGAAAGCUAUCUCCCAAGUCAUCUCAUGAUGACCCAAGAAAGGCUUCACUUUUUUAUGGAGAGAUGUCCAAUCAGUCUAAUCAGAAUGGCUACCGGCAGGGAGCAGACAGACAGUUAGAAAGGAAACAGUCAGGACAGGAUGAUGGUUCUGUAAGCAAAGGACUGAUGGUGUAUGCAAACCAGGUUGCUUCAGAUAUGAUGUUCUCAUUCAUGAAGACUAUGAAAGUCCAAAAGGGAAAGCAUCCUCCACCAGCUUGUGUAGUAUUAAAGAAGGUACUUCUCAAACAUACCAGAGAUGUCAUCUCUGACUUAAUUGACUCCACCAUGAAAAAUCUGCACAAUGUAACAGGCGUGCUCAUGACGGAUUCAGACUUCGUUAACACAGUAAAGAAGAACCUAUUCAAUGCAGGAACCCAGAAGUCAACUGAGAUCCUGGAAGCAAUGGUGAAGCGCUUGUUUAAAGCGCUGGCAGGUGAUGACAGAAAAUCGCAAAGCCUUGCAUUCACAGCCUUGAAAACAGGUGCUCAUUCAGACUCCAGAUCUCAGGGACUGCAGUUUGCAUCCCUUAAAAGUGAAAUGCAUGGGGGCAGAGGAAAUGGACAAAUGCGGCCCCUUCCCUCUGGAAGCAAAGGUUCAGACAAGCACUGCUCAAUGGAUGUGUAUGCAAAGGACCUUAUUGUAACUGCAUUAAUGUUAAUACAACAACAUCUCUUAGAAAAAAACAAGGACCAAGGACUCCGUGAGACAAACACAACGUCAUUUGGCUAUGUUCAUGACAAAGCUGGUGGUUCUAAAUAUGGUUCAAGAGCAGGCGGGAGGCAAGAUUCUCACCUCGAAUCACAAAAAGGUGAUAUUUCAAGUAUUCUCUUGUCAAUCAUCCAGAAAGUGCUAAGAGAAGCUGGGUGUGCAGAUGACAGCUCCUCAGACAGGGGCUAUAAGCAGCCCCCCGUUGUUGAGAGCAGACCACAGAGGGCCUUGACAAAAUCUGCUGGGGGACAGGAUAUGUAUGACAACAUGGAACAGAUAAACAAACAGUUUAUUGACCAAUUGGUGGAAUCUGUGAUGAAGCUGUGCCUGUUGAUGGCUAAUGGCAGUGACUCUGAUGGAAGAUAUAAUGGGAGACCAUUAGGGGGUGGAGGCUCUGAGGUGAUUGUGAACAACCAGAACUGCAACAACAGUGCACAGAACAAAGAGCUGCAAGCUGUCCUCCAGUGGCUGGUUGCUUCACAAUUCAAUGUGCCGAACCUGACAUUCAUGAAUGAGCAUGAUGGAGAAUUGGCCAAGCUUCCUCAGCUGGCUGAUAAAGCAGCCAAGAAAGGCUACAGCGUGGGAGACAUUGUUCAGGAGGUAAUGAGGUACUACGAGAAACAACAGAUGGAUGCCAUGUCAGGACACACGCCUCGGUCUGGCCUGGUUGAUUGGCUGCUUGUUAACCUGUAAGAACCAACUCUUCCCUCUCAUGUUACUCUCAGGUGCCCAGCCUAGGCGCCCAAACCAUUCUUUACUGGCGCAACAGAACCACCACUGCAGCCCCAUUGCAACCAACAAUGCACUGAAUUGAACUGGGGUAGCUGGGCAAGCUCAUCAAUAAAAAAGAAUUAAAAAAAAGUGAGAGGGGAAGACAGGUUGUUUUAUUGAUUACUUCAAACAAAUUUUUACAAAUAAUCAG